AUGUUGGACACCAUAAAUGUGAAUGGGACAACAGUGGACGAUCCAAAAGAGAUAAGACAAGUGGUGUACAAUCAUUUCAAGGAAGUUUCCAAAGAAUAUUGGAGGGACAGACCCAAAAUAACUGGAUCCUUUAAUGGAUCCUUUAAUGUCAUCCCACAAUGUUAUAUUUUAGAAGUAUUAGAAAAAGAGUUUACAGAAGCAGAAGUGUGGAAAGUGGUAAAAAAAUGUGAUGGGAACAAGGCCCCAGGCCCGGAUGGCUUCAAUUUAAUCUAUAUUCAAAAGGGCUGGCAGGACAAGGCAACAAGUCUAAAUGAGUACAGACCAAUUAGUCUCAUCGGCUCUAUUUAUAAAAUUCUUUCAAAGAUCCUAACUAAUAGAUUGAAGAAGGUACUUUCAGAGAUCAUCAGUGAAGUCCAAACAGCUUUUCUGGGGGGUAGAAAUGUAAUGGAUGGUAUUCUGAUUGCUAAUGAGGUAGUGUAUUGGUGGAUGAAGAACAACAAAAAAGCUAGAAUCUCAAUUCUAGUAAAUGGGUCUCUAGCAGAAGAAUUCUCUCCACAAAAAGGUUUAAGGCAAUGUGAUCCCCUCUCACCUUUUUCAUUUAAUAUUGCUGCAGAAGGGUUGAACAUUUUGUUAACAAGAGCUAAAGACUUGGGCCUAGUGAAAGGAACAAGAAUUGGUGUAAAUGAUUUUAACAUAUCCCACCUUCAGUUUGUUAAUGACACUAUUAUUUUUUGUGAAGCUGAAUGGGAGGAGAUUGUAAAUAUAAAAAGAAUCCUUAGGUGUUUUGAGGUGAUGUUUGGCUUGAAGAUAAAUUUUCAUAAGAGUGUAGUUUGUGGUAUUGGGGUUUCAGUUGAGUUGGUUGAAGAAUUUGCUGCAAAGCUAAAUUGUUCACAUCAAAAUUUACCAUUGAAGUACCUAGGUCUGCCAUUGGGUGCCAACCCAAGAAUAAAAGCAUUUUGGAAACCAAUUUUGGAUAAGUAUAAGGUGAAGCUUGCUGGUUGGAAAAGAAAGGUACUAUCUUUUACUGGGAGGAUAACAAUGAUUAAAGCUGUGACAUCCAAUCUUCCUCUUUAUUAUAUGUCCAUUUUUAGAAUACCUGUGGGGGUUGCUAAAGAAAUAGAGAAUGUUCAAGCUAAUUUUUUGUGGGAAGACACAGAAGUGAGACGAAAAGUUCACAUUGUCAAGUGGAAAGAGUUAACAAUUAAUAAAGCUAAAGGUGGACUGGGAAUUCAUGACAUCAGAAUUGUGAAUUCUUGCUUACUACUGAAAUGGUGGUGGAGGUUUGGAUUUGAAAAGAAUGCUUUGUGGAAAAAUCUUAUAUGCAGCAAAUAUAAGACUGAAGGGGGGAAAUAG